ACUGACUAACUGCCACUGACAUCACAACAAUGCUAAUAAAAAGCACUGACACUGUACUAAUGAUACUUGGCAGGAAGGGAUUAACAUUUGGGGUCAAAGGGUUAACUGUGAUGUGUGCUGUUUUACAUGAUGUGCUGUGUAUAUUUUACUAGGGAAACAUGCUGUUUGUAUUUCUCUGCUGUGCAGAGAAAUACAAAGCAGCAUGUCCUUGCUGGCAGGAGAAAGACCUGUGUUCACACACUGUUCUCUCCCUCUGUUGGUAAUGCUCUUUAAUCACCGGUACCGGUGAGUAAUUAUCGGCUGGGACCCGCUGAUUGAGAGCCGAGGCCACGAAUAGUGGCGCG